ACCACAACACUCCCACUCGCCGUGCUGUGAUAUCUGGAAGUCAUGAGUGUUUCGAGCAGACUGCUGCUGCUGAGCGCCGGCUGCGUUCCCAGCCUCUCCGUCUGGGCCCUGCCGGCCGCCGCCUUCGUCGCUGUCAUCGCCGCCUGCAUUUCUCUGCGGUACAGAGUGCUGCAGUGGCUGCUGUCCCUGGUGGUGGAGACGCGCCCCCUACACGAGGUGCUGCACGGCCACUACGUGUCGCAGCCGCAGGAGUCCGCUUCGUGGGUGCGGCUGGGCCGGCAGCGGCUGUUGCUGCUGAGGGAUCCACAGCUCGCCUGGCAGCUGCUGUCCGCACACUUCCCCAGCUUCCCCGCCAGGGCGCGAACUCAGGCCCACGACAUCGGGCUGUUUGCUCAGGAAGGAGAGCAGUGGAAGCGGACCCGCAGCUGCCUGACUCCUUCCUUCACGCCUUCGGCUCUGCGCUCCGCCGAGCCGCAGCUGCGCGCGCACGCCCGCCGCCUGGCCUCGCUGGCUGGCGGGUCUGCAGCCGCUGUGUCGCCGCGGCAGCUGCUGGCCUACUGCACCGACUGCGUCGCCUCGGCGCUGCUCGGGCUGCAGACGCGGACCCUCGAGGGCGCGGAAGGCUGCUCGCCGUUCCUGGAGGCCGUGCAGCGCGCGCACGACGCCAAGACCGACCCUGGCCGACGGUUCUUGUUCGAAUACCUGGGUCCAGCCGCAUUUGACGCUCUGGGGCUGGGACAACUACCCGACAAGAUUGCCAACUUCUUCAGAUCGGUGGCUGCCGUCAGUAUCGACCAACGUAACAGCAACCCUGUGUCAUCUCACGACUUUGUACACCUGCUUACGAAGAAGAUGAAGCUGGAGGGCGCAGAUGAUAAUGCUGUCCUACAUGAAGUCUCGAAUCAGACCGCCGCCAUCCUGUCAGCUGGAGCUGGAGAGACCAGCCACGUGCUGCAGCACUGCCUCUUGGAGCUGGCCACACAGCCACAGCUGCAGCAGAGACUGCGCUCUGACAUCGCCUCUGCUCAAGACCCAGCUGCUGUACCUCUGCUGGAAGCCGUUGUUAAUGAGACGCUGCGCCUGCACCCCUCGGAGCCAGUGCUGAGCCGUGAGUGCCGGCAGCCGUGUUCACUGGGAGGCGCGCGGCUGCAGCCGGGGGACCGCGUCCUGGUGCCCGUCUGGUCGCUCAACAGGGACUGCGGGCCCGACAGCUUCCAGCCCGCCACAGUCGUGGAGGCGCCACAGCUCGUCUUCGGCGGGGGCCAGCGAAAGUGUGUCGGCUACAGACUGGGUCUUCUGGCCAUCAGGAUCCUGAUUGUGGAACUGGUGUCUCAGUACCGCUUGUUCCCCGCUGGAAACGCGAUUGGUCUCAAGAAGAUUGACGGCGAGUACGAGCUGUAGUCCACUGCAAAUUACAGGACGUCUGCCCGACUAUGACUGCCUUUGCAAGAGGAAAUUAUUUAUUUUUAGAUAAUAAUAUAAGAAGACCGAUCUUUCUCCUUAUUGUGAUAAGACUAAAAGUAUUUAUAACUAAAGUUACUAUGUAACAACUAAAUCUUACUACUAUGUAGUAAUCAUAGAGUGAACCUUGAGCGUUGACAGUGUGUAUACAGUUGAUACACUAAGUGUGGCGUCUCAUCCACACUACGUCUUAUCUCUGAUUUAUUUAUUAUGAAUAUAUUUUUCAUUUAUUAUAGAACAAAAUUUUAAUGAGAACUAAAGAGUCAGUAGACAGUAUUGAUAAUUAUUAUCAAUAAACAUCAUUAAUUCAUUACCUCGUC